AUGAAGCGCAAGCAGCGGAGAUACAGAACCACAUUUAACACACUGCAACUGCAGGAGCUGGAGAGGGCGUUUCAGCGAACACACUAUCCGGACGUGUUUUUCCGGGAGGAGCUGGCCGUGAGGAUCGAUUUGACGGAGGCGAGGGUGCAGGUAUGGUUCCAGAACCGGCGGGCCAAGUGGCGCAAGCAGGAGAAGAUCGGGGGCCUUGGCGGGGAUUAUAAGGAGGGAACGCUGGAUCUCGAUGUGGCCUACGACGACAGCGCCGUGCUGGGCCAACUUGAUAGUGCAUUGGGUGGAGGUGGAACCCUGUUGCCGGAUACCCCACCGCAAUCCUCGAACUCCCUUGACAACGAACUCAAGGCCUCCUACGGCACGGGGGCCAUGUCGCCCUCCAGGCUAUCGCCGAAUAUAUUUCUCAACCUCAACAUUGACCACCUGGGACUGGAAAGGGGUGGCAGCGGCCUCUCCAUGGAGUGGUCCACAUAUCCUCCUCAAACGCAAGCGCAGACACAACCGCAGAUGGACUCCGAUAAUCAGCUCCACCAGCACCCGCCUCAACAGCUUCCAUCGGAUCCGAUUCACGCCGAGGGUUCGAGUCAUCACCACCACCAGCAGCAGCAACAGCAGCAGAAUCCCCAGCUUCAUCCGGGUCUGGAGUUCGCCGCGUCGUUGAGCUUGGACAUGACCGAUGGCUCCUCCGCCUACGACGAGAUGAAGUUUCUCAGCGUGGACGUGGACCAGUUCACGAUCGACAGCUUCAAGGCGGACUGCAUUCUCAGCAUGGAGCAGUCCCAGAUGCAGGUCUACGGGACUCACUCCCAGCUGGUCGGAUCCUCCAACGAACUGUGUCUGGAGGGGAUCGGCAUGUCCUCCUUCGGCAUGGAGGAGGGCGAGCCCAAAACGCCUCCCUCGCUUUUGGUGCUGGACAAGUCGCUGCCCUCGUUGAGCAUAGGAGUCGAAGGAAUCGCUGAUCUUGUAGAGCAACUGCAUCAUCACCAGCAUGAGGGCGGCCCAGUGGGCGGUAGUGUCAUUACUAGCGAUGUUUUGUGAAUCCAACUUAGGCGAAUUCUCUGCUUAGUGUAACGUAUUUCUAUGUAAAGGAAAUCCAAACUUCACCUCCUAACCUACUGCAAGGAAAGUGUGGAUCGGGGGAGAAGACGUGCGAAACCUGCUCUA